AUGAGUGUUUAUAGAGUUUUGAUUUUAUUUCUAUCACCAGGAAUCAAUAGUUGUUGUGGUUCAACACCAAUUGACCAAAAAACAACAACUUGCUGCAGUGAUGGAAAUGGUAAUAAAAAGUCACACAGCAUAGGAACUCAUAAGAAAUGUUGUGGGGUUGAAUAUUACAACAAAACAACGCAUUACUGUAAUAGCAAAAAGAAAGGCAUAGUCUUACCCAAAUUUAAAUCUUUAUGUAACAACACUGAGUAUGAUAUACUGAAACGCAAAUGUUGCUCUGGAACCUUAUAUAAUGUCAGCGAUAGUGAUGAGCAGUAUAAAUGUUGUGGCACAAAGUUGUAUAAUACAGUCGAAGAACAAUGUUGUGAUGGAAGUUGGACCCUACCACAUGAUGCUGAGUGCUGGGGAAAAAGUAAUUUGUAUCCCAGUAGUCAGAAUGAGCUCCCUAUUAACAUUACAUCAACAGUGGCGUGGUGUGGGAAUGGAUUGUAUGACAGCCAGUACCAAGCAUGUUGUGGGACUGUGAUAUACAACAAAUAUUCUCACGAGUGUUGUCACCCUGGAGGUGACAUUAUUGUUAAGUCUACUGAAUACAAAUGCUGUGGAAAAGCCCGUUAUAACAGCCAUCAAGAUGUUUGCUGCACAAAACACAACUUCUAUGGUGAAACAUUCAAAAUAAUUACAAAAUCUGUUGAAUUUCAUGAAACUUGCUGUGUCCCUUCUGACAUUGAGAAAAGUCAGUCCUAUUCAAGUAUUACACAUAGAUGCCAGCUAGGUGGUAUAAUUAACAAAACUGAUAUGUGUGGUAGCCACCCAUACUAUGAGACCUCAGACUUAUGCUGUGGAGGAGUUUUUGAUAAGAUGGGAUUAGAAGAAGGAAGAGAUUGCUGUGGAAUCAAAAGUUAUAACAAGACUACAAAAAUCUGUUGUGACAACACAAUUUACUUAAAAACAAACAAACAGAGCUGCCAUCAAAAUAGCACAGAGUUUGUAGAUGAGGUCCAUCCGACACUACAUAGGCAUAUAGACUAUGGAAUAUGUUCUUACUGUAACUUACACACCAUAGAGGAUGUCAAACUAUUUCUAGAGUCAGCUUCUAAUCUAUGUAAACAAUUUGUCCUGAAGAUUGCUAAAUUAAACACAUCAAAUGCUGGUAACACCACGAAAGUGGAUGGUUUCAUACGUAAAGAUUUGCUCUCUCAGGAAACUUUUAAAAAACAAAAGAUUCAAUUCCAAGUACCUUGCACAUGUCAACUGAACACAAGACCAAUUAUCCUUCUAACAGAUCUGAAAGAUUAUAGCAAACUUUUGAGAUUGGGUGACAGUAACCUAAUUAUUCCAUGGAGCAAAAGUGCAAGUAAUUACCUGCAGAAAAGGGCAGCACAGUGUGCAAAGGACACAAAUAAAUUUGCCUUGGAAACAGUGGCUGGGUUCAAAAUAUCUAUUGAAUAUACAAAACCUGAACUGAAAGGAAAAGACAGGUUAUAACAUCUCAAAUUAGGUCAAGGAAUUAAAAUUAUCCUUGUUUCCAAGCAACUUGAAGUUUUAGACAUGUUAGAUAUUAUAACAUGUAUAAUAACAAAUAAGUUUGCCUUUGCUUAUCAAGAAAAUAAUUGUGACUUCCUGGUGAUAACAAUGCAAAUAUACUUUCAUAGGACUCAAGCCAGAUGUUAAUAAUACCAACCAAUGCUUUGCCAAUUCCCAUUUAAAUUGUAUAAAAAGAAUUUUAAAGAGAAGAAAUGAAUUGGGAACUGACAUCCCAAACAGAUUGUAAUUAAUAAGUCACAUUAUUUUUGUUUUAAAUCAAGCAAAAUUAAAAAAAAAACCCACUACUGUUAGAGAACUGGCCAACAUAACUAUGUCAGAAAGAUGCAAAUUCAAUUUGGUAAAGCUAGUUUAAUUAUACAUUUGUACUCAGGUUGUAGGAUGUUGAAGAUAUUUGAUAGGCAGCAUGACAAAAUAUAUGUCGAAUCUUAAAGACUAAAUCAUCAGGUUCUAAACUUUAUAUAAAUAUUGUUUUGUUUGUACUGACAAAUAUUGUUAUGUGUUCGCCUUAUUGGACUGUAUAAUGGCCUAUUUAAUAACUUCUCAUUUUGCCAUGCAU